AUGCCGGAUGCAGUGGGCCUAUGGUGGCACUGGAUGCUGUUUGCGUCCGUGCUGCUACUGGUACUACUGCUACUGAAUCGUUUCUUGAUCCCGUAUGUCGUCAAAGCCGCGCUUCGUGCGCGCGUCGAGAUAGGGUAUUUCGGUAUAUUUAGCGUCCACGAUUUGCGCUUCUUCCGCGAUGAGCAGGUGCCGAUGCUGGAGGUGCAGCGCAUCUACUUUGCGCUGCACAUGCCCGAUAUUUUGCGCGGGCAGCGCAAAUCGCCCUCGCGGUUCCGCCUGCUCUCGCUGCGCCUCGACGGAGUCCAAGUGCGCGUCACGCCAAAAAAGCACGAUCCCGUGCGCGAAGAACACGCUGCACAGAGGCGCGAGCACGACGAAGAAGAGAAGGCGCACGCACAGUACGAAGCGCGCCUGCAUCGCCUGAUGCAGGCGCCGCAGCACAGCGAGGAAGAGGCCAAGCGCGAAUCGAAAGCGGAGCGCGCGCUGCGCUGCGUUGCCGUGUAUGCGCAACACUAUGCGAUCGUGAUUGCGCAGCACAUUGCCGCGCUGCUUGCUGCAUUUAUUGCGCUCGAAGUCGCGCGUGUCCGUGUCGAGUUGGUCGCACAGGACAUGUGCCUCGAGCUUGCAAACAUCCAGCUCCAGGGCGCCGCGGCCAUUUCCCACACGCGGCGCACCACUGCUGUGCUCACCGGCAUGGCGCACCUCCGCAAAGGGCACCGCAUUUCGGACGGCUUUGACGAGCUGUCGCCCCUGGACGGCUGCAAUCAAGAGCGCGCCAAGUUCCGCCUCCCGUACGGCUAUGCCCAUGUGUGUCUAAGCAUCGAUGGCGUGCGUCUUGUGCAGCGCAGCGCGCCGAGCAAUGUGCUUGCGCUGCUGGAAAGCGCGACGCGCCUCAGGGCCGACAUGCGCCUCGGCCAGGCCUUAUCGCGCGAGCAGCUGCACCUCUCGCUGGAGCUCGCCGAUACCGUCGUCCAUCUCGGCGCACUCCUCGAUAUCCUCGCGCGCAUUCCCAAGCGUGCGCCGCGCCAAGCGCCGAAAAAGAAGCCUGCACGCGACCCUGCGAUGGCCAAGUUCCUUGCGCGCCUCGCGACCGUCUCGGUAAAGCUCGGCACGCUCAAGGCGCGGUACGCACUUUCCACGGACAAGGACAGCCCCGUGCUGAUCAGCACCACGCUGCGCAACUUUUCCGCACAGCUCGGCGACAGUGAUCCGUCCGAAGAUGUGCACCAGGCGUGGUUCGGCGCGUGCGGCGUGCGGGGCUACUCGUCGCUCACACACGAGCACACAAAGCACCAAGUGCCCGUCCUGAUCGAAGCGCGUCGCGUAUUCCGGUUUGUGCUUGGGCUCGAGAGCAUCGAGGCGCGCAUGCACACCAUGGUGGACGGAGAGCAGCACAACGCACUGCUCGGCAGCGCACGCGGCAUCGACAUUUGGGCGCGCAGCUCCUACACGCCCUUUGGCAUUCUCGCCGCUGCACAGUAUUCGCAACACACGCAGCUCUUUUUUAGCAAGGAUCCCAACGAGCCUGCCGGGGCCUUGUAUUUGCAGAUCGGAAAGAUUCGCGGUGCGCCAGAUACAGGCACGAUCCACCGCCUUGUGCACGGCAUGCGGUGCCAUGCCUCGACACCGCGCCAAGCGCCCAAGCCGAAGUGCACGCACUUGCCAACGCUCCCGCGACUUGCUUUGGUCGUGCACAUCGACUCGCUGCACUACCUCAUCCACCGCAGCAAGGCUGCGAUGCAUCCGUCGCCCGAGCGCAAAAAGGACGCUGCGAUCCUUGUCUUGUCUUUGCCGCGCAUCCAUGUGACGUUGCAAGGCUCGUACGAAGAGCGCAUACACGAGCAUAAAGACCAGUGGCGCACGCAGGCCGCCCAAGACGGCGAGCCGCCCACGGACGCGCCGGAUCCUUGGCCGUGCGAGGCGUACCCUCUGCUCUACCGCGCAGACUUCCAAGCGGGUCUGGACUCGCUCGAUCUGUACCUGAGCAGUGGCAAAGCGUCCCACGGCGCAGAGUCUGCCAAUGCACACGACGAUAUUCUGCACAUCACCACAAUCGAGCUAUGUGCGACCGUGCGCGUCCCUGCCGCCUACGACGUGUCGACAUGGCAGCCGCAGCUUGCGCUUGAGCAUACGUAUACACGUGCGGGUCUCUAUGUCCACCAUGUCGAUGUGUACCUGUACCAGGCAUACGUCCUCGACGCCAUCAGCGCGCUCUUGCAUGCAGCAGUGCCUGCGCCACAGGACGCGCCGCAAGGCGAAGCAGCGCCGCCGCCGCCGUGCGCGGAAAAGAAACGCCCUUCGAUCUUCCAACGCCUUCCGCCCAUCCAGCUCGCGCAUGCUGGUGUGGGAAGCGUCGCGACGUACCUGGCGGGCAGCGAUCCGAAAUACAAUCCACAUGUGCGGCGCGGCCUUGCGAUUAUGCUGGGCCAAACCACCUUGGAUUACGCACGCAACGACCCCCAGCAGCACAUGCCGCUUGCAGACAAAGAUGCGCGCACAGCGCUGCGUCUCCCCGAGCAUAUUACCAACAAGGUGCUGGGGAUCACCGGCCAGCACGGAAGCGGCGCUGCGUGCACGAUCGUGCAGCACAAGAUUGUGCUGUACCCUGUCGUGGACAUGGACGCGGUGCAUGCGUUGCAGAAGGGCGAGCAGCGAGAAAAGUUUGCACAGGCCGAGGCCGACGCUUGGGAGCGUGCAGAAAAAGGCACGCGGCAGCAGCAGGGGAAGGCAGAUGGAGAGGAACACGGUGUUGAGGCGAGCAGCCAGGACAAGGACAGCAGGCCGCCUGCCUAUAUCCCGUCGCAAGACCCGUGCGACCUCCCAUCCGUCGCGCCCCACUCGUCCAACGACGGUACCGACGCCAUCGCCUCGCAGCCCACCACGACCGCACCUGCAGAGCGCGGCGAGAAGCAAACGGGGCUGGCUGCAUCGGGCACCCAAACUCUCCACGAGAAGGGAUCCGCACCGUCGUCCCAGCCCGAGGAUGCGUCCCACUCUGGCACCGUCAAGCCACCGGCGGUGCCCCAGAAAACGCCGGAUCCACAAGACCAUGUAUCUGGCGCCUUUGCCGCGACAGACCUGUCCACCAAUCCAUCCACUGACAAGCCGUUCGAUGCGAUAUACGUGCCAGACUGGUGGUCAUUUGACGAUGCAUACAAGCCGCACGUCCGUACCCAGCGCCGCUCGCCGAAAAUAUGCCAGCUGAGCUUUGCGUCCCACUUUUUCCACAUCCCCAAGGUCGCCACCUCCGUGUCCUUCCUGCCGCCCGACGCAGCGCACGAGGUGCUUGUCAGUGCAGAAACAUGCGGGACCGUAUCGCUCCGCAUCCGCCUCUUGAACACCUACUGUGUUCUGAUCAUGAUUGCCUCACUCAAAGCCAUGCUUCCCAAGCGCGACAAGCACAAAGAGCGCACGGCGACCGACACGCCGGCGCACCCCGUCUCGAAAGAAGGCGUGCCGCUCCCUGCGAAUAGUAGCGGGGCUAUACCCGGGCAAGGCAAGAGGCGGGCUUUCCCGUGCGUGCAGCUCUGCGUUCUUUGCCCCAGACUGCACCUCCACGCCGACCUGCCCGAAGAGCGCCGCGUGAUUGUGAGCUUGAGCAACACGUCCUUCCGCUUCCGCUCGCCACAUGGCAUCCGCGUCUCCAUCGAGCUCCUCCGCGGCGUCGUACCGAGCGCGCUUCCUGGCCGGGACGAGCAGUGGGAAGAGGCUGCGCAGCUGCGCCGCCUCGCCGUGUCCUUUGGCGAGCAGGCCAGCGCGCCCAAGACCAUCUUUAUCACGGGCGACUGCCUGCGGAUCCGCAUCCCGUGCGGCUACUAUACCAAUGCGCUCAUCCAAGCAACCACUGUCUCCUUCAAGGCCACCAAGCAGCUCGUUUUCCAGUUUGUCAAAGGCGGCACAGGCAGCGCCAUCUACCCCCACCCCGAGGCGCCCAAAAAGCUGCCCAACAUCUCGCUGCGCAUGCGCAUGGCAUGCAUCGAAGGCGCCGACAAUCCGUUCGACUCGCGCAUCGCGCUCCUCUAUCGCACCGGCUCCGACGAGCAGCUCAUGCGCCUGGAACGCGAGCGCGUCUUGUACACACAGGCCGAAGAAAAGCGCCAGCAAGGACCGGACGGCGCAGCGCCCGUGGACGAGGCGCUGCAGCGCCUCCACCAGCUCAACGCGAGUCUCUGGAUCCACCGCUUCAAAAACGCACGCAAAGAGCGUGGGCUGCGUGAGAUCGAGCUGCUCUCCUACAUCCACAAACGGAUCCCCGACCCAGCCGAGACCUCGGACGAUCCCCUUGGCGUCGACGUCUUGGACACGCCCGCGAUGCCGCCGCUGGUGCGCAUGACCAUGACGCAGCUGUGCCUCGACGUGAGCCGUCCGAAAUCCUUUUCGCUGGACAAGACGCACGAGUUUCUGCACGAGCAGGCGGGCAAUCCCGUCGAGGUCGAGUACACCACGCUGAUUCCGCUCCACCUGCACUGGCGCAUGUCCGAGUGUGUUGUGCGCCUGCGCGACUAUCCUCUUCCGCUGCUCUACAUCCCUCCCGCCGCCACAGACCACACCAAUCCCGGCGCGCCGUGCUUUGACGCGGAAGGCGAUAUGUGCAUCGCGGAGCGUCUUGGCGACGACUAUUCUAUCCGCCAUGUGCCGGCGACCAUUGUGCCUGCGCUGCAAGGACCGCAGGACGCCAAGGAGCACGGAAUGCUUGUCCCCAAGAGCGUCCUCUCUCCCCAAAUCUACGGCCAGCUGAAUGUAGACGUGCAUGCGAAGCAGCCGACCAUCUUUGCAUGGGGCCAGUCGAUGCAGCCCGCCAUCCAGGACCUGAUCCGCAUGUUUGACGGGAUAACAGGGCCUCCCCACGACCCCUCGCCCAAGCCCGGGCCGUGGGACAAGCUCCCUUUUAUCUUCCGCGGCGCGCUCUUGCUCAACUUUGCCGGCGACGUGCGCAUGCACCUCAAAGGAUCGCGCGAUCCCUACCGUGUCGAUCCCGACGGCGCGGGCUGGGUCAUGUGCUGGCGCCAAAACGUGGAGCUGCGUCUCGGCUUUGCGAACAAAGACAAGGAGUUCCUGCAGGUGAUGAGCAAUGUCCAUCUGCUCGCCAUCCCCCGGCUCGCUACCGACGCCGAUCUCCGCGCCACCGGCCUCUACGAUGUCAAUCCCAGCCCCCGCGCGCUCAUGGACGCGGUUCUGCACCGCCACGACGUAUGCGCUGCGCAGCCAUUCACCAAAGUCGCCUGGCAGCUCAACGGCGGCGUGCGAUGGGGCAUGGGCCUUGUGCCCGAGCAUACGUGCACCGACGAGACGUGCGAGCGGGACCCCAAGUGCAAAGGCAAGCCGUUUUACCGCCAGUGCCGCUUCUUUGGCCGCAUUCCCCACUGGAAGGUGAUGAUGCGCUCCUACGAAGGGCUUGCCAAGCUCCCGGAAGACAAGCGCACCGACUCUUUCCGCGGCUGGCGCUCCGACUUUGUACACCUGUCCUUGUCCAUCACCGCCACGGGCGACCGCGCCAUCUCGAUCGAGGACCGCGACUUUUCCACGGCGCCCGCCGCGCCGUGCAGCGAUCCCGACGAUCCCAUUGCCCCCGGCAUUCCCAACCUGCAGCAGUCGCGCCCGAACCUCGAUCCAAUGCGCCUCACCGGCGCGAAAAACUGCCUGUACGUCACGCCGCUUGCGUGGGACCACUUUAAGGCUUGGAUGGCGCUGUUCAACAGCGCCCUGAGCCUGCCCAUCCGCCAGGGUAGCGCGUUUCCCCAGAUUAUCGGCUCGAUGCGCUCGCCCAAGUUCGGCAGGCACCUCGGCACGGUCAAGUACCGCUUCAACAUUGCUCCGCUCUACGUCACCUCCAUGUAUCCGCAGCGCAUGCGCUCCGAUCUUGCGCAGGCGCGGCGCACGUACGUGGGCCUCAAGGCGUACGCAGGCAUGUUUUACCUUGACAUGCACCAGCGCAUGCAAGAAACUAUCCACGAGUCUCCUGGCGGAUUCAAGCCCUCCACGCGCGCGUUCCACAAGCCGUUUUACGAGGCCGAGGCCGACAUUGCCGACCUCCUUUUGCACUGCAUCGGCGCCCAGUUCCGCGAGCAGUUUCCGCCCUCCCCCGAACUUGCCACCGACAACGACGACCGCUUUGAUUUGUUUGGCGAGUCGUUCAACGACUCGCACGAGAGCACCGACGUGGAUCCCCUGUACGACCCCCUCGACUUUGUCGAGAUGGACAAUGUGCCGCUGAUGGACACGCCGCCGCGUCUGCGCAUCCACCAGCUGCUCAGCAUGACGCGCUUCAACUUCCACCGCAGAGUCGAGCUCGACUUGCGCUCCAGCCACGGCGAAGAGCGCCCGGUAAAGGAAACCGAGUCCAAGUUCGGACACGAAGAUACGCAUACGUGCCUCAUUGGCCAGUCGUUCUCCGUCAUGACCAAGCACCUCGACAUGUGCAAGGACCGCUUGACGCAUCUUUCGCAAUACUUGUCGCACCUCGAAGCGGAGCAUGUGCGCGACAUGCCCGACGAGCAGAAAGACAUUAUCCGCGACAGGAUGGCGCUUGUCAAGCAGGUGUACAAAGGCCUGAAAAUGCACUGCGACGGCAUCGAGGAGCACCGCCGGGAGAAAAAGAAGCUGUUCAGCGUGCCCCAGCGCGAGUUUGACCAUCUGCACCACGCCUUGGCCACCGGCGAGCCCAUUGACAAGGAAAUGCUGCAGCACAAGGCGGUGUUGGGGGGCUGGGAGCCAUUCAACAACCAGUAUCUCGUGUACAAGCCCCUCUUGGUGUUUACCAACCAAACGCGCGACUUGUUUAUGCGCUACUAUACCAGUUUCCAGCAGUACCGCUCCUUCUUGCAGCAGCUCGGCGUCUCGGAGCAGCGCCACAUCCAGACGCUCCUCGAAAAGAAGGCCGCGCUCCUUUCCGAAUUGGGCAAGCACGACGACUCAAGCAGCAACUCCAACGAGCUCUUCAGCGAGCUCGUCGGCGACACGAUCGAGAUGGCUGCCGACCACAUGGGCCUUCCACACCUCGAUUUCGACGACUUUGGCGCGCAGCAAAGCUCGCACGCAAAGCCCAACGACGCCAUCUCGGAAGAGUACUCGGUGCGCGAAAAGAGCAUCUGCUUCUGCGUCCAGCCCCAAGCGAUUCUGCACUCGCAGCUCGGGAGCAACAGCACGCUGCUCCUCCAGGCAGACCAAAUGCGUCUGCGUAACUACGCCGUGAGCGACGACAACUUUGCCAACAACGACAAGAACAGGAAUGUGCUGCACCGCAACUUCUUUGGGCUCAAGAGCCUCCAGUGCUUCCAAAUCAUUCGCCAGGACGCAGAGCUUGGCGAGGGCGAGAUCGACCAGAUGCGCAUGUCGCUGCCGUCCACGAUCAAAAACCCGCACCUGGACCCCAAGCGGUUCAAGCGGAUUGUGGGCGAAACGCACGCGUAUGUGCUCUUUGACAAGCACAACCAGCUCCGCAUCGACGAUCCGUCGCGCCCUGUGCUCGAUGCUAGCCGCACCAACGAUCCCAACGUGGCGUACAUUGACCACAAGAUGGAUUUGGUCCGUGUGUUGUGUCCCAAAUUUACCCUCACCGCCGACACGGAGCAGUACUCGGCGAUGUACUUUGUCGUGACGGACUUGCUUCUCCACCAGGACCCUCUCCAGAAAGAGCACGCAGAGCAGCGCGACUCGAUCGUGUACAGCUACAACUUCAACAAUCCAGCCUUGGCCGUGGGCCUUGUCUCGUCGCUCCAGGCGCGUGUCCAUCACUUGCUCACCGUGCGAAAGAUGUACACCAUCAAGUUUUCCUUGCUCAGCGCCGAGGGCCAGGCAGCGUAUCUGCAAAUCAGCGCCGAGCUUUUGGACAAGUUUGAAGAGCUGCGCGUGAUUGAAGAUGCCAUGCGCACGGCUUAUGCGUACGUUCGCGACAAGGAGAAACACUUUGGCCAGGUCCUGCAGGGCCUCGCAGACUCCAUCGAGUGGAACAUGCUCGGUUCCUCCGACACGCACGCCGAUCCACUCAUGGCGCGCCUUGCGCUCAGCGGCGUUUCUUUCGCGCGCGUCAAUCUCUCCAACGGGACGUCUACCAACAGUCUUUCCCUCGCGGAUGUCGAUGUGCGCAAUGCACACCCCACCGCCUUCUUUGAGCACAUCAUCACCAAGUACGCACCCGAGAGCCGCGAGCAUUACAUGAUGAAGCGCCGCAUGUUCUUGAGCACCACAUGGCUCCUUUUGCCGCCCUCGGCUGGCGUCCGGAUUCUGGACCGCUUCGAGUUCCACUUGCAUCCAUUGCGGGUGCAGUUGGAGCGGAAGGUGGGUCGCCAGAUUAUGGACUAUCUCUUUCACACACACCGCGACCAACAGCAGCGCGAGCGUGCAGAAGCGCAGCAACCGGUCAAGAAACGCAAGUCUUGGCUUGCGCGCCUCGUCCAUAUGCACACCGACAACAAUGCACUCGACUCGGACUCGGACUCGGACUUUGACUCGGACACAGAGACAGAAGGGCGUACCGUGAACGACGUCCAUUCCCAAAAAGAGUCUUCCAUGUCUCACCACUCGCAGCACACGGCCGAUACGCCUGGCGCUUCAGCCAUCUCAUCGUUUGCGCGCUUGAACCGCUGGGAAUUGGACGACACUGAAAUGGCUGCGCACGAUGCUGAUGCUGUGCGCGAGGAAAUGUCGCGGCGUGCGACGCAAUAUGCAUCCUUUAUCCAGGUGAUAUUCAACGAGAUUAUCGUGUCUUUGUCUUACAAGGGCGAUGCCGAGCACUCGCUCACGAAUCUGUACGACGUCGAGUUCCAAACGCACAAGCUCGAGUACAAAAAUUUGCUUGGGUCCUUUGGCAACUUGGCCGACGCGCUCAAGAAGGAUCUGAUCCGGAUUGCGUGGCACAAUCGCCGCUCGUUGCUCAAGGGCGUUGUGUCUACAAACAACAAGCGUCGCAAUACACUAAAGAAGCUCCGCGCAAACCGCCUGAAGAAAUACGGCGGAUCCGUAGCCGAGGUGCAGAAACGGAUUCAGGAGAUCAACGAGGAGGGCAUAAAUGAUCUGGGGCGUGUGCUGGAAGAGGCAAGCCAAGGCGCAGUGACCAAUGAUACCGAGCCAUCCGAGUUUGUUUCGAAUUUCGCCACGCAUAGCCCGGCCAAGGUGCCGCAGAAUACGCCGCACCAAGUGCCACAGGGCACGCUGAACGAAGCGGCUGCUGUGGCGUCGUCGGCGCUGGACGAUGCCGCGUCUGCGCCUGCCAGUGAGCACACGACAGAGGCCAAGCCGAAAAAGGGCCGCCUGCGUCGUUUAUUGCACCUAAAGUAG